CCUGAAGCGACUAUUCCCCACAGUCGUUUCCAUUGUUCAACUCGGCUCCAUUUCGUUUGAGGCUUCUGCAAUAGCAAGGAACUUAUAGACCAAAUGCUGAUGAAGUUACAUACUGACAGACCUAGGGUUCCACUAGCAUUCGCAUCAAUGACCCCCAAAGAAGUUUGUAAAGCAUUCAGUCAAGGUCUCGGGAGACCCGUCAGGUAUAAGCGGGGCCCCGUGGUGAUCAACGUGCCAACACCAAUCGGCUACCGAGAGCAUCUAUCCGCACUGGAGUACACGCUCGGCGAGAAGGGCGCUCCGUACUUCGGCCCGGACAUCGAACCUGAUUGCCCCAGUGCGGCUCUGGAGCUGUGGGAAGGUAAUCGUUCCAUGGAGGAGUACGCACGAGAAGUGUUCCCCGUGGAGGAGGCCGCCAAUGGCCUGACAUGGAUGGAAGAGGGUGAACUACAAGCGCAGUACCAGUACCCCAACAGCAACGGCACCUACGGCAUCAAUGGCAUCAGCGGUCUCGCCGACCAGCUCAACCAGGCUCGACUUUGAUAUUCUGCACUCUGGCACCUUUCUACCUUCCAUUUUCGUUGGCGUCAAGCGGCAGCAUUGCGGCGGUGUCUUGACCAUUCUUCUUAUCGGUAUCUUCUCCGCAGAGCGAGCAUCAGGGAUG